AUGGCCCCUACAUCAUCAUUGAAGACAGAUCCUUUGGGUGCGUUUGACACUCGGCUCACUAUGAAUCAAUGUUUGACGGGCGAUUUCGCUUCUAUCUCUUCGGCCCCAGCUGCCGGAUUUGAUGGGGCUGCUGAAUGGCCACCUGACAGAAUGGGAUCGGAGAGUAGCUCAAAGCCCGAGUAUCGGAUUCUCGAGCUUCGCCAGUCAUUUGGUGGAUUCAAUGUUGGCCAGAAGUGUCCUCGACUCGAGCUGGAUGCCGCUGUGGACAGGUGCCACCUGCUCGACAACCUCAGUGAGCCCGCGGAUCCGCAAAAUACCCCGGCCUCGAACAGCGUGAGAGAAUGUACGCCCGAAUAUCCUCCUUGUGGCAUGGAGAAUACGCAGGAAAGCCCUGUCCCUCAGAUCGACGAACUCAAAUUCGAUUGUUUCCGCGACUCACCAGUCAAGCGUCUUGUUGUUCGCCGAGAUGAUGAAAUUGAACGAUCAAACGAUCCGGUAUUUGAGGCCCAUGGAAAGCUUACAAAUCGUAGUGCUUUCAGGAAGCCUGCCAAUACCGGUGAGGCAAGGUAUGUUCGAUUCGGCGCUGUUCCCUCGCCUCUGCCCUCACCUCUAUCUUCACCUCCUCGGCUGACGCGUCGUCCUCUGCCUUCGAUUGAGCGAAAGAGGGAUUACAUCACCACGUAUCGACAGAAGAAGCAAUGCGAUAAAUGGAGGAUCGCCCGUCGCCCAACACCCCGAAAGCGUGUCUCUCGCAACCCCGCGUUUGAGGUCCAGAUUCUAGGUACUUUGACCCCACCGCAAACUGAUAGAUGCAAUCGAUCACUUUCGAGCUCACCUUCCGAGCGGAACCACGUCUCACCCCCGACCCGAAGUGAUGCGAGCAAAGUUGCGAUUGAUGCCACAUUUGACGUCGUCCAAACUGCACCUGGUAUCAGUAAAUCGACCGUGGUGCACGACAUGCAACAGAACAAGCAGCACCUCAAAGUUUCUCUCUCGAUUUACAGGAACCCAAACAAAAUCGAGUCGUCUGCCGUGGGGACUCCAAAGUACGCCUGCGAAUUCCGGAGUGUUAAAGCAGACAUCACAGAUCUCCCCAGGUGUAUCUCACUACAGUUUCCUUGGGGCUUCGAGCAGACAUUUGGGCCCGUCACCGUUGAGCAUCUGGUCUUGCGGGCUGAUUUUGAGGUACCAAGGAUGGCAAUCAGGCUUGCGCUGAGUUUCUUGUCUACAGCGAAGCAUGAAUUGGAAAGCACCCGAGCGGGCACUUUGAUGCUUUCCUGCUUCACUAUAAUGGUCUUUCUGUGGACAAAUGCUGUGGCGCUCAUACUUUCCCAGUGCGGAGUAGCACUCAGUUAUCACCAGCUCUCGUACACUCCCCAUGAAGACUAA